AUGGAGGAGCAAAAGAGCACGAAAAGAGCCCGCCCAGUAAAUGGCCACAGGAGGAAGGAGUCGUCGAAGCCAAUCAGGUCUCGGCUUCUGGCCGCAGGAAAGGGAGUUCGUUUUAGAUAGGAAUACACACUGGGCAGACCGUGGGGGUGUCAAUGAAACCCACAGAGGGCAUAGAAACAGUCUACUAAAAGCCUACCUAAAGACACACAGUCCAGUUGGAUUAAUUUAAAGGGGAAACGUCUAGAGUAAAAAGUACUGUUAGAAUACCAUUAAGUUUAGAAAUUAGGUUAAUAACAAUAAGAUAUAUUAAAUCAAUAUAGAUAUAUCAAUACUAGACUGUAAUUGGAAUAGACUCACCUGGGAGCCUAAGCAGCAAAGAAAGAGGGGUUGGCAGGAGUUUGAUGAAUGAACAUACCCUAUUAUACACUCUGAUUUGUUAAAUUUUUUACUUACUGUCAACUGUUUCUUUGCUGCUGGGAGUGACAGUAAAAGAAAGUAAAGCAAAUAUGAAGCCUGAUUUUUUUAAAAAAAUUCUUCAGAUCAACUAUAGUUACAGCUUGGUGUUAGGCAGUAUGACUUGAUUUGCCAUAAUCUAGAAUUUAGUGAUUUACUUGGUUAAUUUCAGGUUACCAGAGUCAAUUGUUUCCCUAAAGUAUGUGCUUAAUACACUCUACCACAACAAGCUUCUCAGUCCACCCAGGAGAGAGAACAGUGUCACGGUCUAGACAUAAAAAGUCCAUGGAUUUUCUGAUAGCAAAACAUGCCAGGUUCUCUAAACAGUAAAAUGCAAUAAAAAAAAGUCAACAUUUGCAUACACACUGACACUUAAAGGGACACUCCAGGCACCCAGGCCAUUUCUGCCCAUUGGAGUGGUAUAAACUGCAAUAAUUACCUUGCAGGGUUAACUCCACCUCUAGCAUCUUUUUCAAUGCUUUCCUAUGGGGAGACCUAAUGUGCGUGCGCGGCAUUGCCGAGCAUGCUCUUUAGGUUUCCUCAGCGGGCGGGAUCAGUCUCACCCACCGGCUGACGAGAUUACUGGGAGGAGCGACGCCAACCCGAAACCACCGCCGAGGGACAUCGGCGGGGUCUCAGGUAAGUGACCUGAAGGGGUUUUCACCCCUUCAGCUACCUGGGAUGGGAGGUGGGAGGGAGAGGGUACCUGCAGUGCCAGUAAAACUGAUUGUUUUCCUGGCACUGGAGUUUCCCUUUAAAAGAGUGCCACAAGCACAUGUGUAUUCCUAACACUUUAGUUUUAAAAACACCAUUUAGGUUUACAUCCCCUCCCCCACAUUGCCCCUCUUAAAAAUGUGCUUAACUGGCCCUGUCUCCUUAGCUGAGAUCAUUACAUUUAAAGAUCUCAGCAAAGCAAAUUAUACUCCAUAGGAAAGCACUGUGAGGCUAUUGAGCAUGUGUGGCAAAACCCUGCGCCAAUCGAUAUCUCUUCAUCAAUGCAUCUCUAUGAGGAACGUUUGGUGCCUCCAUGCAGAUCUUAGCAAAGUAGCCAUCUGAGUGACUGUCUCUAGAUGUUUUCCAAGACAGUAAUAUAAACAUUGCGUUUUCUAUGCAAAGAUAGUGUUUACAUUAAAAACAGGAUAUAGACACAGGGCAGGACAUAGGCACCAAAACUACAUUAAGCUGUAGUUCUGGUAGUGACUAUUGUGUCCCUUUAAAAUAUUUUUCUUGAUAAGUGUGAGCAUUAAAAUUGUAAUUUCCACCUGUCGUUUAAUUAAAACUAACAGGAUUAUUCACGAAAGUGAGAAUUUAUGGGAAUUCAAAGUCAAAUUCAAGUCUAAUGCAAACAUUUUUAAAGGGAUUCUCCAGUGCCAGGAAAACAUAUUAGUUUUCCUGGCACUGCAGGACCCUCUAGUGCCCCUCUACCUCUCACCCCCCAUCCCAAGUUGGUGAAGGGGUUAAAACCCCUUCAGUGACUUACCGGAGUCCAGUGCCGAUGUCUCUCGGCACUGGGUCAGGCUCCGCCUACGCUCCUCCCCCGCCAACGUCAGCCGGCGGGGGAGACCUAAUGCGCAUGCGUGGCCGUUGGCGGGGGAGACCUAAUGUGCACGUGCAUUAGACCUCUCCACAGGAAAGCAUUAUACAAUGCUUUCCUAUGGGGAUUUCAGCGACGCUGGAGGUCCUCAUGCAUAGCGUGAGGACGUCCAGCGUUGUUUUAAAAACACUUUUCGUGUUCUAUGAACACGGAAGUCUCCUCUAGUGGCUGUCUACCAGACUGGUAGACAGUCACUAGAGGAGGACUUAACCCUGCAAGGUAAUUAUUGCAGUUUAUGAAACCGGCAAUAAUUACACUUGCAGGGUUAAGGGUAGUGGGAGUUGGCACCCAGACCACUCCAAUGGGCAGAAGUGGUCUGGGUGCCUGGAGUGUCCCUUUAAAUGGAAAACUUUUUUUUUUUACAUUUUUCUUUCAUUCGAUCAUUGAUUUCUUGUUCAUGAGACAUGAUUAUAUGCAGAAAACAGACACAGAAAUAUAUAUAAUAGGGGACAUGGGUUUUUCAUGUUCCCAAUUGUUUGAUAAUACUGUUGACAUGUAUAUUCUGUAUUAGAAUGUUAUUUAAUAUCAUGUAUGGUGUUACAUAUUCAUUAGUUUGUAAAUAUUCUUUCAAAUUCUUUCAGUAAAUUAUGUCUGAAAAGAAUUGACUUGGAGAGCUAUUUUUUUCCUAUUUCAGUUAUUUUGACUUAGUAGUGGAAAUACUAGCUGUGCCAUUGACAUCCCCCUCCUAUUGCAGGGUGUAUUGGGUCAGUCUGUAGUCACACUGCCCAAUGGCCGCAGCCCCACCCAUAACUAGUCGUCAUAGUAACCGCUAAGCUCUCCCUGCUGCUGUCUCAUUGGGGCACGGCCUCUGACAUUCGAUGGGCGUGGCGUAGAACACGGGAAGUACAGUCGGAUUGUUUUGAUCUGUCCACGUGUUCCAUACAUCUCCCACAGUGGGCGUGGCCUGACUGACAGGUAUGGAGAUAGUGUUUGGGAUAUGGUGUGGGAUAUGGUGUGGGAAUGGUGGGGAGGGGGUGUUACUCAUGUUUGAUCACAUAACCCCUCCACCCCAUGGUGAUUAUAGUUAAAGGGACAAUGUGAGCAGCUUUAGAGUCAAACUCCCUGCUAUCAAUGUACUGUCUCUUUAAAAGAGGGUCAGUGAUGGCAUUAUUUUAUUUGUACAAACACAUAGAUGAAUGAAAUCCAGAUAUAGUCCAGCACAGAGCACAUGGUCAGCUCAGUGUCUGCAAAAUUAGCAUAACCAAGAGGAGUGUAUUUGUAUCCCACUGAAGUCAGUGCUUUAUAUAGUGUGGUAAUGCAGUACAAACCCUAUUGCUCUCAGCCAGCCUAGUGUUAGGUCGGUAUAUGAAACAGGAAGCUAUCUGUACCUGAAUUACUGAUCCCAUUCCCAUCUCCUAUUGAAUUAGUGCUGCUGUAUGAAGGGCUGGGGGUAAAGUAGGGUUAAUGUGUAGGAUUAUCCAUGCAUGUCAGUGUUUACACAGAUUUCAUUUGACUACUCUGACCUAAAAUGCUCUUCCCUGACUGAAUGGCUGGAGUAUAUGUACUGUAUUACACACAGAUUGUAAUGCUGCCUUUUUCUGGAAACCAAACCACCCACAUUUGGCAUCUUUCACUGUGACCAAGAUCCCCCUAACAAUAUGAGUAGUCAUGCUGACAAUCUCUGCAGUUUGUAACUAUUCUGGAGAUUGUUCACAAUUAUAUAUCAGAUGUAUUUAUUAAGUGUUUGCUGACACAUUUAAGGCUUUAUUGCAUUUCUGCUGACUCAUGCUGAGCAUGUUGUACUGGUAUUAUAAGACUGAAAACAUGACAAAUACUCAGUCACUUCUUGCCCUGAGCUUUCAUUAGAAGACACUGAGACUGCAGGUUAGUUACAUGAACAAUGUUUCACUGACAAAUGAUAAAAUCUAUUCCGUAAUGUGUUUUUCUGAUUGCAUUUAAAGUAUGCUUUGGUUUAUGGAUAUGUUAUCUUUCAAAAUUAAAUUUUUUUUUGCUGAAAGUAAACUAGCCAGCAGCUAUAGCUACACUCGCCACCAGUUUAAUGGCUGACUGAGUGUCAUGCAUUUUGAAACUAUCAUGUCUACUAGUUGCUGUAAGACCGAUAACUACUAGGGGUUUCUGACACAAGUAAGUGUUGGUAUUGAAUCUUUUUGAAGUCUUGCACCAGCAAAAUCGUUAUCUAUAAAAAGCAUGGAUUUUAGUUUUUUCAUAGAGAUGUAUUGGAUUGGCGGAAUAUGGCGAUUGUCGCACAUACUCCUUGUGUUUUCAGGGUUUUUUGUGUGACGUAAACAAGCAUACAAAAUUAAGCCCUUUGCUCAUGGGCGGCAGCAAUGACUUAAGUAUACAGCAACCCCAUUUGUUAUUUUUGUGAAGCAUCUGACUGGACAGAAGUCAUCAGGAUUGAGGACGUAGCAGUAUGGAGAUUGGGCCGCAGUGAGAAUUCUGGCACUACUCUCGAUAAAGGUAAGUAUUUAAAGGACCACUAUAGUCACCCAGGCCACUUCAGCUCAAUGAAGUGGUCUGGGUGCCAGGUCCCCCAGGUUUUAAUGUUGUAGCUGUAAACAUAGCAGUUUCAGAGAAACUGCUAUGUUUACAUUGCAGAGUUAAUCCAGCCUCUAGUGGCUGUCUUCCUGACCGCCGCUAGUGGUGCUUCCCCGACGCUCAAUGCAAAAAUCGCAUUGAGCAGGCAAAACGCCCAUCGGAAAGCAUUGAGAAAUGCUUUCCUAUGGGCGUUUUUAAUGCGCGCACGGCUUCGGUUCCACUCUGGAGCUAACGUCGUAGGGGGAGGAGAGGUCACCAGCGCCGAGGGAGCCCGGCGCUGGAUAAAGGUAAGUGGCUAAUGGGGAAGGGGGCCCUGAAGGUGGGGGAGACCUAAGGAUUACAUAGUGUAAGGAAAACGAGUUUGUUUUCUUGUCACUAUAGUGGUCCUUUAAUUAGCUUGUUCCUUUAAUAGGGACUGACAUUUCCUGAGAUUUCUAAUAUUAUGUUACUUUAUCCCAUAUAUUUAACAAAUAUGUAUUUGUGAGGUGCAAAAAUUAAAAUGUACAAAUCCAUACUUCGAAAAAAGGGGAAUUAGGGCACACCCGGAACUUGCAUUCCAGGUUGUGGUGCUGCCAUAGUGACCAGAAUUUAUACAAAAUACCGGUUAGGGAAUAGCACACACUCAAAAAUAGUUUUACAUUUUACAAGGCUACUAAAAUUACCUAUCUUGGCAAACAAAUAGGGGGAUUGAUUUACAUCAUAUAGCCAUUUUGUAUUAAAGGACCACUAUAGGCACCCAGACCACAUCAGCUUAAUGAAGUGGUCUGGGUGCCUGGUCCGGCUAGGGUUAACCCUUUUUUUUAUAAACAUAGUAGUUUCCGAGAAACUGAUAUGUUUAUAAAUAGGUUAAUCCAGCCUCUAAAGCCUCUAGUGGCUGUCUCAUUGACAGCCGGUAGAGGCGUUUGCGUGCUUCUCACUGUGAAAAUCACAGUGAGAAGAUGCAAGCGUCCAUAGGAAAGCAUUGUGAAUGCUUUCCUAUGAGACUGGCUGGCUGAAUGCGCGCGUGCAGCUCCUGCCACGCAUGCGCAUUCAGCCGAAGAGGAGGAGAGGAGGCAGAGAGGAGAAAGAGGUAAGUUUAACCCUUCCUCUCCCCAGAGCCCGGCAGGAGGGGGUUCCUGAGGGUGGGGGCACCCUCAGGGCACUAUAGUGCCAGGAAAACUAGUAUGUUUUCCUGGCACUGUAGUGGUCCUUUAAGCUCUCCACUAACUAGUGGUGGGCUUAACACAAUAUGGUCAUAUAACUGAAUCAUCAUAUUUGUUUGCUAAGACAGGUGAUGUUAAGUAGUCUUCUAAAACUUAAAACUAUAAUUUUUUUUUGUUCACUGUUCCUAAAUCCAUACCUCCUUUAUUCUUCAACCUAGCGCUCUCUGUCAGUCUUAGUUUUAAGAUUUGUGGUUUUAUUUUUAUUUUUUGUACUUUGCACCUGGGUUUACAUAUAAAUAUCAGUAUUGGGGCAAAAUUCUACGAGUGAAGCAAUUAGCAGGAAUGUUGCAUUGGUUUCCAUGGUUACUACUAUGCUUUUAGAACAUUUUCUCAGAAUUGCUCUUUUAAACGAACCUCUCAAUGUUUCUAAUUUUUCUCCUUCUUUGAAGCAUGUUCCCCUGCUUGGGCCUCGACAGAACUGGAAUGUGAUGUGAUUUCUAAAACUUUAAUAUAAAUUUAAAAUAAAACUACAUCAUGUGAAAAAAGGUUUAUAAACAUUAUAGGUGAUUUUCAGUAUUUUUUCCAGAGAAGUGAUUGUUCUCCCUUUAACAAUGUAGGUUAGAUAACAUUGGCUGAAAGAGCUCUGGCUUUUUGACAACAUUUUUCCAAUUGUGUGUUUUGUACAUUUUCCAUUUAGUUACAUAAACAAGCACAACUUCCCAUAUCCUGCCUGGUGUUUUGUGGACUUGCUGUUUGCCGUUUGAAAGUAAUAUUUUUGUAACUGCAUAGAUAUUACACUGUAUUAAUGUAUAAGAGGUUGUUUUACUCUGUGUGCUAUUAUUCCAGACCAGGAGAAGCUGCAAGAAUGACUGUCAGAAAAGUUAUAAAAACAGUCCUCAGUGUGGAACAGCCAGAAGGGCGCGGUGCCCUUGUGCGAAGGAGCAUUGGCAGACCUGAGGUAUGUUGUGUUUAGCAGCUCAUAUUAUAGAUUAGCUUUGAUUAUUUGUCUUAGGAAAGUUUCUCACUCUCACGUGUAUAUACUAUUAGGGACAUCUGGAAAUGCUUUGACUCAUAACCUGCUGCAAAUUAGUUAUGUAAUUCUAAAAUUGUGGCGCACCUUACUAAAAAUGGAACUAUGCCCAAACAUUGCUAAUUUGCUGGUUUGUGAAUAACCCCAUAAUUUUGCAGUUUCAUAUAGUGGUUUUGGUGCAAAGCCGGGGCCCCUCAAUCUCUACACUGUAAGCACUGUAUUUUCCAAGUACACCUUUGGAAACUGUCACUCACAGAACUGGAGGACGUCACCAUUAAAAUGUUGAGCAUAGGCAUGCUGGAGAUGCACAGCCACUAAGGGGACUAUGUGUCGCAUCUGGUGGGAGUGUAGCAAAGUCCACCCCUUUGGGAAUUGGUGUAGGGAGAGACAUCUGGGAUUUUGGGUAACACAACAACUCUGGGGCUGGAGCUUUGUCUCCUCCUAAUUGCACUAGAUAACUUCAAUAAACCAGACUCAAUUUUCAUACUCCACAGUAUUGUGGCGGCAAAUGUUUUCAUAGCUAGAGCCUGGAAGUAGUCUGAACUGCCCUCUAAGCAAGCUCUUAGACAACAAAUUUCCAAUAACUUAGAUUAUGAAAGCAUGGCAAGGAAAAAUCUCUUAGGGGGUAGCAAGAGAUUUGAGCAAAGUGGGAUAAGUUUAUCCAGAAGGCGAGCCCCCAAACCAUACAGAACCUGCCUUAGGCAAACACAACCAGCUGUAGAUUGAGGGAGGAGGCGGGGAAUAAUAGAAAUAGAUGGGACAUAGCAAUGGGGACAUAGACCAAAAGACGUGCCAUUGGAUCCCCAUAGGUGCACAGCCAGGUUACUGUAGCGUUUACCACGAGUACCUCACACCAACAUUCAACAAAGUUACUGUUUGACCUGUACAAGGCUUCCUACCACAAUCCACUUCAAUUCAGGGCACACUAAUAAAGAGAGACCCUCUAUAUAUGGCAAACCAUGCUAUACAGUUGUAUCUGCCUUGCUUCUGUUUGCACUAGUAGGAACAAUUUCCUGCACUGAACUGACCCUGUACUAUGCAAAUGCUUCAUGUCACAACUGUGUACUGUUGCAUUAUGUCAUUCACAACUAUUUAUCAAUGUAUGGAAUAACUGUGCUGCUCUAACAUAUCACUCAGUAUUCAGUGGAACACAGCAUCAGUACAUUUGUAUACCGGUUUUAAAAUGUUGCAGCUGAUGUUUAGGGAUCCCUGCAUUUUGGAUUGUGUGAUCUAUAACUCCCACAAAAGUGAUGUAAGCGAAAGUACACUGCAUUCUCAAUGAAUGGGCAUUCAGUAAGAAAUCAAACCAUUCUAACACAAUGAAAGGAAACGGGUGGCAGAGCGCUCCUGGUAUCAUAACCACUUCAGCGCAAUUUUUUUUUUAUUAUAAUAUCAGACAGAGGGGUCUAUUUGAAGCCUUAGUGAGCUUCUCUAAACAAAUUCAGGGUCUUGAAAUGGAAGGUGUUUGUGUUUUAUGCAUUGUCAAUAUAAUACAUGAAAAGGGUAGGUGCUUUUUCGUUUAAUGUCUUGAUUUAUUUAGCUGUGAAUUAUACGGAUCUAGAAGCAGAGUUACAAAUUUGGCUUUAGUACAGUAAUUAGAGUUUUAAUAACUUCAGUAAUUAACCCUGUGUAUGUGCAGUAGGUUUCUUUGAAACGCUGCACGUACAGAAUUUCAAAUCAUCUGCUGCUGGAAGGGGAACAACAAAUCUGGCAACAUCAGCUAGAGUUCCGGACUGGCUAAUUUCAAUUCUGUGGAACAUCAAAAUGCAAUAUUCUUAGUUAGUCUGCUGUUUAGGGACUGGUAGAGUAAUAAGACUGCUAUUGAUUUGUGAGCAAGAUUGAGUGCCUAUAUUCUUCUUUUUACUAAGCCUUUUUAGAACAUUGGCAACUCGCUCAUGGUGAGGUAUGCUGUAUCACUUCUUACAUUAAUUUAUACAGUCCAUGUCAAGUACAAGUGGGUGAUGCAUCACUCUUUAGUGGACAUGGGUGCACAAUGAGUCAAAAGUUAGAAUCCAUCCAUCCAUGUUCGAGAACAUAAUGCCUGUUGUCCAAAGCCAACAAUGCUUUUACUGGGCAGGAUGGAUUUGAUAUAUUACAGGUGUAUUAGAGAAAUUGAUAGGGGUAUAUUUUUGUUGUUAUAAAGUAUCUAAUAUUUCAAAAUGCAAAAAGUACGACGAUGGUUAUUCACUGUGCCAAGCAACUAUAAUAAAAUGGAGGUAUGACCAAAUGUGUGCAUUCGCACAAAUAACUGCUCAAAGCUACUAUUCACAUCAGCAGCCAAUCACCAGCUUAUAUUUUUAGUUAAUAUUUUGCUACAUUAUAAAUGUUUUGGAUUGUUUGUGAUGAUGUAUUUCUUUGCUAUUUUUCAAUUUCUAUUCCUGGGUUCUUACCAAGAGCCUGGCUAUUCAGUUGAAGGUUUUGAUUAACACUUUAUCAAACAAAUACCAACUUAUUUAGCAGUGGUAUACAAACUGAUAAAGCAGAACAAUUCAAAAUCACAGUUUGAUAUGUAUAUUGUGGGGGGAAUUACAUAUAUAUGAUAUAUCAUUUAUUAGUGAUCAAUGAUGGACUAACCCUAGCACUCAUGAUUCCGCUAUAUUAACAAUUUAGAAUACUACAAAAUGUUAUGAAAGUAACAUUUUGAAAAAAAAAAUAUGUAUUUGGCUUUCAAAUGUUUGUUUGUCUCUUUGCAUAAUUGCCUACUAACUAACAAAGACUAUAUGUAGAGAAUCCCGUGAGAUCGGUCUGUUAUUCCCGCAAACCCUUUAUUAUUGUUAAUUUGUUUGUGUGUGUUUUUGGGUUUGGUGGUAGAGGGUUUAAGGAAUCCUCCAUACAGCUACUCAAUGAAAUAACUAGGUUUUUUGAUAACUGGAAAAUUAUAACAAUGAAAGAUUAUUUUAUAGAUAUUAUAUAAUAAAUCAGAGUUUUUAGAUUGCAUGAUACGCUUGUGCACGUUGAGGAUUGGAAUCACAUUUGUUUUCUGAUUUGGUUACUGUGUUUUGGGUGUGACCUAGUACUCUGGCAUUUGAGAAGGCCCUCCCUUUCUGUCCUAGCAUAACCUCAUGUGUUGUACGAGGGAUUUCUUUUACUAAGCAGCUGGCUUUGCCUGAACAUGAAUAGUUUGCAAUACACUAUUCACAAGCUUACAAUUCAGUACACAGAGGCAUGGCUAUUCAGGGUGAAUUCAAAGUAAGAUGUAAAUAUUUGGGCAAAAUAGCCAAAUUGGAACGUUUCCAAGUCCACAGUUUUCUGUUUGCUGUUUUGACCUAACAUUUUAAAUUUACUGUGAAUUCACUAUAAAUUGCCAAUAAACUCACAAAAAUACUUUUUAUGGGUUUAUUGACUGAAAUCUAAAUUGCAAAAUGUAGUUACAAAAAAUGACAGCUUAAAGGAACACUAUAAUUACUCAGACCACUUCAUCUCAAUGAUGUGGUCCGGUUGCUGAAGUCCAGUCCUUUUAACCCUGCAAUGUAAUACAGUUCAGUUUUUAAAUAAACUGCAAUGUCUACACUUCAGGGUUAAAUCAAUCUGUCUUCCUGACAGUCACUAGAGGUGCUUCUGCUGCACUGACCAAAUAAAACCUUGUCACGUGACACGGAAACCCAUUGCUCGAUGAAUAGUAUUGGAUUAGACCAUCUCGAAAAAGGCCAUGCUUUCUUGAUAACGUUAAAAGAGGUGGAGAGGUAAGCAGUGCUAAGGAAGCAUGAGCGCUGGGAAAAGACCAGUAAAACUUACAAAUUUCGGCAAAUGGCUGGGGGAGUGGACUACUAUGGAGGGACCAGGACCAUUAUAGUGUUAGGAAUGCAGGUUUGUAAUUCUAACAGUUCCUUUAAUUAUAUUAGCCUUUAAUUUUCCAUUUUAUUUCUAAAUCACUAUAACUAUGUCUAGUGCAUAAAUCCCACCGAAAAAAAUCAUAUGUAGAUGUGAGCAAUCCCGCACGUGUUUUAAAAAUGUGAAGUAAAACUUUUCACGUUAAAUCAUUGGCCUUUUGCCGAAAACAGCAAUGAUUACUUAAGAAGGGUUAAACACACCUCCAAUGGCUGUUACACUGACAGCCGCUAAAGGUGCUUCCGCUGCAUGGACCAAGCAAAACAUUGAACAAAAUAUUUUCUAUGGGGAAACUCCGAGGCAGCGACCUGCCUCACAUGCACAUCAGGUCCCCAAUGUUUCUCUACGAGGAGCAUUAGACUGGGCCACGCUGGAGCAGGCCAGACAAAGGAGCUAAAGAGGGCAUGCACUGUAAAUUCCCAUGUUCUGUAUUUUGAAAUGCUAAUUAUAUGUAUAAUUCUGUUUUUAGUUGACAAAUUUGGAUCCAUUUUUGAUGCUGGAUGAAUUUAAAGGUGGGAAGCCUGCGGGAUUCCCAGACCACCCUCACAGAGGAUUUGAAACGGUAAGCAUCGUGUUGCUUUGAAAAGUGCAAUAAUGUGUGCAUAAAUUCAUUCCAUCAAUCUGUUUCAGCAUACUACAGUCUCACCUUCACACCUCCACGCACACAUUUAAGAUUUUUUUUUCCUUGAUGUCCCACUUCUUGUUAAUUCAGGAAAAUGUUCCCAGCAAGCGCAGCACAAGCACACCGUUAAAUGUGCGCACACUGCUCAGAUUGCUGUCAGAGCAAUGCGUCCAUGGGCAGAGCAAUUCAGAAGCCCUUAGUGGGGCUGGCCAGGUCUGUUGUAAGACAGCUCACUGUGCAUGUACCCCACUCUCACCCACUCUCUCUUCAGGAAACCCACAUCCUUCUUGAUCGUAUCUGCCCCUUUUCACUUCAUAAUCUGCCCAUGCUCUUGGGCUUGUACCGAGUUCAUACCAUCCCAGUGUUGGGAGGCAGCAUAAAAUAACCCUUGCGUACUAUAGUGGUAUCCCAGCAUUGGGGGUAGGUCAGUAUAACAGAGGACUGGCUAUUUAGGACAGUGAUGGUCCACAGCAGUGCUCUGGGGACACCUUUUUGUGGUCAAGAGAUAGUACCCUUAGAGUUUGUGGCCAUUCAUGUUGUAUCGGAAAUGAAAGUGGGCUCAAAGUGGUUAGCCAAUAUCAGAAAUAAAUGUGGACCCGAGUGGUCUGGCUAGUUCAGGAGGGCUUUGUGAGGCCUUGCAAUCAGCUAAAUGUAAAAAAUGUAAAUAAGAUUCUUAAAAGUGGAGGUGAUCCAGCGCUUUACUAGAAAAGAUUCAGUGCUUCAGCCCCUAUAGCUUGCCGCUAUCAGUGCCUGUGUCAAGAGUAAAAUAAUGCCUUACAAAGAUAAACGGUGGUGUGCCAUACCUCGUAAGUGUUCAGAUUUUUAGAAAAAAAAUCUCCAUGCCCAAUUUUAAUAAUUCCGUAUUCUUGGUGUAUCUGAGUUCAUACCAGAGCUCCAUAGCAAUAAUACUCACAGUAAUGUGUCUUUUAAUUACAAUAUAAGUGUUUAGAAAUCAGUCUGUGUAAAUAGGAUACAUUGAUCUUGUAUUAAAUUUUUUGGUUGCACAAAUUGUUAUUAGUAAGUUACCUAAAAUUUCUUAUUGCAGCCCUGCAACCACACUCCCACUCAUAACCCUAAAAUUAGUGCUCUUCUUUCUCUAUUUGGAAUGUUGGGAGAUAUGCAGUAUCUCUCGGCUUAUGGUAUUAUCGUUCAUUUUUUGUUAUGGUUACAUUUAAAAGCUUUGUUAGAAAAAUUAUGUUCUUGGCAUUUCACAUUCAUCUCCACCAAAUGAUAUGUUGUUGCAUAACAACAAAUUAUAGUUUUUUUUUUGUUUUGUUUUUUUGUUUUUUCCUUGAGCAGAUUUAGGCUUGGUACAAUCUUUUUUUAAUUACUAUGCUCUAAGGGUGUACUGCAAGCAUGUCAAACUCAGAGGCUAAUACUGGCAAAAUAAACAAGGUUUAAGUUUAUGUGGGCCAAAAAACAGAGUUUGACCUAGACCAACAGAAACUAAAAAUACUUAAUCUCAUUCUCAUGCAAACAAUAUGUAAUCCUGUGUGUGUGUGUAUAUGUAUAUAUAUAUAUAUAUAUAUAUAUAUAUAUAUGUGUGUGUAUAUAUAUAUACAUUUUUUUUUUCUUACUCAAAUGCUUCACUUCAUGUUACUUACUAUGCCCCCCAAUCAAAUACACUACCCUGCCUCGCCUCCCCUCCCUCCUAAUACACUGCCUCCUCCCUCCCACCACUCUAAUACACUGCCUCCUCCCUCCCACCAUUCUAAUACACAGCCCCUUCCCUCCCGCAUUUAACACCCUGCUCCCCUUCCACCAAUUUAACACACUCCCCCUCCCCUGCGACUAAUACACAGCUCCCUCUCUCCCCCCCCAAUUUAAUACACUGCCUCUGCACUCUAAUACACUGCCCCACCUCCCUCCUCCCAAUUUAAUUCACUGCCCUCCCCCCAAUUUAAUACACUGCUCCCCUCCAACCACCACAAAUACACUGCCCCACCUCCCUCCCCCCAAUUUGGUACACUGCUCCCCCCUCCCACCACUCUAAUACACAGCAGCCCCCCAAUUUAAUACACUACAGGGAGGUUCCCCCAAGCACCUCUUCCCUUACCUGAAGCCGUUUUCCAAUCCAGCCCUCCACGAUCUUCUGUGCUUAAGCAGGCCACACGAUAUUCCGGCACAGUAAGCAGUAGGGAAGGGGGAGUGGCUGGCCUGCUCUGCACGCAGUCAGACAUUCUGCUCACUCCGCCGCCAGAUAUGAUUCUAUACACUGUAUGCGCAUAUCUGGUGGCCAACAUGGAAGAAUGUUUUGCCCUCUUGCGGCCGCCAACCGUCGCAGGAGCAUGUGAUCGUCCGCAGCCUGCAGGAAGGCCAAAGCACAAAGAGGCCCCAGGGCAGUUGGCCUACCUGUAAAUUUCUCAGUGGGCCGCAAAGAUACUUGUUGUACUGACAAAGUUCCCAUUAAUCCUACUAUAUAUGUCUUCUCAUAAACAUAUAAAAUUGGUUUAAGUUCCAUGUAAGUACAGCUUGCCAAAAAUUUGACCUUAAAUUGUCGUUUUGAAAAUGUAGUUCUAGCUUCCAGUUUUACUUUCUUGUCUAAAACAAUAAUUAACUUGAUUGUGCACAACUACCUAUCGGCUUUUUUAAAUUAUUUUUUAUUAUUAUUAAUAAAGUUAUACUGAACCUGUGAAGGAUCUUUUCAUAUCCAUCAGGCUAUCUCUGUACUGUUUCACUUGAUUGCAGUCAAUUCAAGCUUUGCCAUUGAUUCCGUGUGAUACUGUAUAGACCAAAAAUCUCCUCUGACAGACUCAGAGGCAGUCCACUCCCUUCCAGACUAUUAAGUGCUGUAAAUGCCGUCAGCUUUUCUAGCCUUGUUCUAACAGUAAGAAUUCCCUACAGAAAUGUGCAAUAAGCGUUGAUUCGCAGAUUUUAGUUGGGUAUUUUGGAGCCAUUGAAGUGUUUUGAUUACUCGAUACCUGCCAAAAAUACCAUCACACCUGCAGCAUCUUGAAGUGGUUAUAACGCUUAGGAGCUGUGCAUGCUAUCCCCCAGUUUUGUGAUCAACCUUUUUUUUUUUAAGUUUUGAAAACCUGAGAGUCCUUCUGGAUCCCAUGUCCAUAUUUACAAACUUUGAGAGGCAUGGAAUGGGAGAGGUGGGUGAGCAUUCAAGUGUCCUCAGUGAUGCAACUUGUGUCACUGAUAGCACCCAUAAUGUCCAGCAUCAAGCACACAGACCCCCCUGGCCAUUCCCUAACCUACAAAACCACACAGAGAGCACUGCUUAAGUGCCCUCAGCACAGUGUGAGCGUAUUCUCUUUUUUUUUAGUCUUUUUUUUUAUUUUUUUAUUUUUUUUAUUUUGUGUUUAAUAUUCUUAUAAAGCUUUUCCAUUAUAUGAGAAAAUUAAACAUAUGCUUCGAGACAAAGACAAAAUAACUGGAUAUAACAACAAAAACUACAUGUGGCAUGUCAUUAUCAGACUGUAUUCCCUUUCCUGAUGUAGAGCACACCCCUGCUAUAUUUGUAUAGGGCUAAGCUUUUCAUUAUCAGUUAGCUAAUAUAUGUCGAAUUUGGUUCUGGCGUCUGGCCGGUGCAUUACCCAGUUUGUUGCCUCCUUUAGCAUACAAUACAUAUGUUAUCAUUUUGACUUUGCGAUUUUUAUAUAAUAUAUGCAAAUAACCCCAAAAUCAUUCUAAACACGAUACUUGAAUAAAUAAAUGUGUGGGGGGGGUGGGGGGAUACACAGAUCCUGCUAAUGUAGAUGAUGCUGAGGAGGAAAUCUUUCUCAAUCUUCUGGUGCCCUCUGCUGGAUUCCACUGUAAGAAGGUUAAAUAUGAAAUCCUAUCAUGCAAAAAAGUGGUUAAACCAGCCUGAUAGGUGCACAGAAGAUUUUCCUUGGUAAUAGCUAAACGUUGUUUGAGAAGCUAAGCUUGGAUAACCUACUAAUCUGUUUUGGGCAAUUCCUAUUUGAGUGGUCCUGUUUUGCAGAUUCAGCAAAACUUUUUACAUUUAGUCAAGCUUUGUUGAUUAAAAAAAUAAAAUAAAAAUAAAAUACCUAUAGUGCAAAAUGGCUAGUGUUACCUACCCUUUAAAUGAACUAGCCUGAUGAUAUUGAAAUAAAAUAAAUCAUCAAUAUCUACUGAUUCAAUCAUCUUUUUAACAAUACCAAAUUAAGGUGUUAUUUAGCAGAUAGCUCCCUGAAUUGGUACCCUUAUGUGGGAUUGCUCUAUUUAGCAUACCAAAUUAGGCUACUGUUUAGUAGAUUGCUCCCUAGCAUGGUGCCCUUAUGUGGGAUUGCCCAUGUUAAGGAUAGUAAAUUAUGUUGGUGUUUACCAGACAGUUACCUAAUUUGGUACCCUUAUGUGGGAUUGCACAUGUCUUAACGUCUACUUUUUUGUAAUGACUUGCUUUAAUGUAGAAUGCUUUACAGAUAUUGCAAAGAUCUGUCGGUGCACUUAAAUACUCUGCUUUAUUUGUAUUCUGUAAUAUAGCCAGCUGUUUUUGCUCUUAUUUUGAUUCUGGGAACACAUUAAUGGGUAGCUCUGUCAUUAUCUUUAAUACAUCUGUGCUCAUUUAUGCAUAUAUUUGAAAACUUUGCUGGUCUUGUGUUAUCAGAUCUUUUAUUUGAUUUAUCUGAAGAUAUUUCCAGCCCCUGUUCUUGUCUCUGUACUAAUUCCUGUAAAGGAAUUGAAAACAUUUACAGUAACACGAUUAUUAUAGCUGCUGCAAAUUCUAGUUGCAUACAUAUGAAUAAGAUCAAUUGUUUUAUUCCUUAAACAAACAACAACAAAACACACACCUCACCCCCAGUUUUUUUUCAUACUUUUUUUGCAUUAAUUUAAAAGUAAACAAAGAAAAAGCUUUAAUAAUUAAGUAAUGAAAUUCUAAUCGUGGUAAUUAGCCGCGUUCUACCUGCUUCUCUGAAAAAAUAAUUGACUUGCUUCUUUACAAAUGCACAACAAUCGUUGAAGGUUGUUUUAUCACACAGUACCCUGUAUGAGCACUAUUUUGCAACCAUUGUUAUAAAUUAAGUUGUAUACUUGUAAAUAUAUAAUAUAGACAAAUGCACCACAAAUCCAUGUCCAUUAACUCAGCACUCCGUAUAACUAAUUAUGAUUCUCUGUCCUGAAAUGCAAUUACAGUAUCCCAGCAUACAAUAUGAUUACAGACCAAUGUUUUCUUCACCUUUUUCCUGGCUUCAUAACCGCUUCUUUGGAAGGCUCUUGUAUAAUGUGAGCCGCGUGCUUAUUCCAUAGGCCCUAUAAUCUAUAUCCAGCAACUUGCUCAACAUUUCUAAUAGAACAGGGAAGAACCGUAUAACAGAAUAACAUGAAAUAUUCCACUAUUUGGACAUUUCUGAAGAAGUUAUCUCUUCUAUUGGCAACGAGUCCACACUUGUGAUAACUGCUAUUAAUAAUGCUGUGUUCCAUAUGUUUUAAAUAUAAGGUCUAGUAAUUAUAUGGCAUUACAUGUGUUCCCAAGACACACAGGAUUAUUUUAUUUUAAGCCUUAAACAAAUACUUAUGAAAACUCCUUGGGUUUCCUACCCUUCCCAUCCAUUAAGUAAGUGACGUCAUCCCACUCUUAACCAUUCACUCCACCUCAAACCUGGUGUUAAAAUGCCUUAAUGUGCAUUCUAGGGUGUUCUGAUACCCUCAUAAUUAUGGACCCCUGCACUGUUGCCUGGCAUAAUGUUCAAUGUACAGACUGAGCCAGUCCUUAGAGGAACACUCUAAAAUGUUGAAUAUAUAUUAAUAAUGAUACAGUGUUUCUUGCUUUUGGAUUACUGCCCCCUUUACAUAUUAAAGAUAAAAAUCACCUCUCCCGGUUUCACAAUUGCUCCUCCACACUGGCUCACCCUUGGAUGUUUUAGCUGUACCCAGCAUGAUAUUUGACAUACGUAAAAAUAUGAAGCUUUCAUAACUUCUAUCUCAUUGAAGGAAAAAAAUAGCAUGUUUUGUUAAAAUGAUGUCUGCCUCAUGUGAUGGGAAAAGCAUAGGAUUAUAUAGAGAGCACCCUAAAUGUAAAAUCUCCAUAAGAAAAAAAUAAUAAUUUAGCUUUUCUCAAGUUUUAAAAUGUCCAAUGCUUUGUACGAAUGUUUCUAUACUGUAAGCAGUAUAGUUCAUAGUAAAGAUGUAUGGGAACUCCAUUCUCUUUGUAAAUAUAGUAGGGGGGUGGAACUUCCAUACGUUUAAACUGCACUAGAACCCUGUUUUAAAAUCCGUGUGUUCUAAAAAUGUCAUGUUUCAUCCACCAAAAGACCUUAUGAAAGACAAGAGGGUUCAGUCGUGCACAUAUCAUGAUUUGUAUAUUUAGUUUUUGUGGAUACUUGUUAAUACUGUUUGGAUACGAUCAAUGCAGAGAUGAUUCCUGUUGAUAAAGUUCUAUAUGACUGGGAUAAUCUUUUGCCAAACGCAAGCAUUAAUUUCCACGUAAAUUUAUAAUACACCUCUGUUAUUUGUGCAGUUUUAUUGGCUGAUUUUAGCCUUCUUGGGCUAUUUAGCAAUACUUGUCGACGUAUUACAUUUUAUUUUAGAAUUGUAUAUUUUAUUUUUGAAUAUAUGUUACAAAAAAUAGAAAUGUAUCAAUUUUUAAUAAGUCCUCUCCCCAUUACUCUUUCUGGUCAAUCCAUUCUGCUUAAAAGUAUUGGUAAAUUUGUGACUCCAACUGUCAAGAUUUGUUCACCGAGCAAUAAGUAAUUAAUUCACUAGAGGGCACUGUUUUCUUGUAUAUACUAUCCAUAUUUUAUGUGGUUGCGCUUGAAUGUAUUUAAAUUUGGAACCCUAACGUUACUGCUUCCUUUAGUUUGUGCUAUGGAAUUUUACAUAAAUGUGAGAGUUGUAGAAUUUUAAAAUAAGGCUGUUUUUUUUGCCUUAAAUGUUAGUGACAUUAUAGAGCUUUUAUAGAUUCAUGUUAUUUCUUUUUUGCCGAACUGAGUAAUUGUCUUUUGAUAUUUAAAAAAAAUUUUUUUUUAGAUAAAUAUCACCAGUAAUAUUUUUAUACAGAAGAAAUUACUUGGGGUUUUAGUCUGAGACCCACUCAGUAUAAUGGUGUCAUUUCUGAGGAGUCUACUGAAAAUUCCAGCUCAGACAGUUUUUUAUUUGUUAAUGGUCCUCUGAGGUUCUGUCUCAAGUUAAUACAAAUGUUGAUAUAUUCUGCAGAUGUUUGGACACAAUAUUAUUAUGUAAUAUAUUUCAAAUUUAGACUUUGUGUGCCUCAGAUAAUUACACUAUAUUUUAAAAAACCUGUAAAUUUAUAAAAAAUCACCAGCAUGUGCAGUCUUUAGUAAAAGUUGUGGAGGUUUAUUGCAGUCUCCGAGAUUCCUUUUACCUGUUCACAGAGCUGACUUCAUACCUGGUAAUCGAGUUAGUGAACAGAAUCUGUCAGGAUUGUAUUGGCACUAUCUGCGUGCAGAGUUAUGUCAUAGCCUGGUUGAGACCUCUCAACCAGAUUGCUGACAGUGCUGGACUGCUAGACUAUACGAUAAUAGCAAUACUGUAGUCAAGAUCUCGAUGGUGGGACGGUACAAAGCAAUAACCUAUUUAAGGAAUAGACCGUUUCAUCCAACUUGUAAUUACAAAAAGAACAAACCAAUGGUGCACGGAGGGGAGGCACAAAGUGAGUUAGAUACUUACAUGUUUUGUUCCUCAAAGACACUUCCUCAGAGAACCUCUGCUAUGCCAGCCCUCCCUGCCUCCCUAUGUUAUAUUUUCAGAACUGCUUCUUCCCCUCCCCUUGUCCAUCUCCUACCCUCUUUGUAUCCCUCUGUCCUUCCCCCUCCUCUGCGCUUGGAUUGGGAGGUGAGCAGGCUGUGGUUGAGAUGAGCUGUCACUCAGCUCAUCUUACUGCUCAAAAAUGCAGACACCGCAUGUAUGCGCAAUGUAGCGUUCAGUGCUUCUGGCAGAGAAAUAUUGGCUUCAUUGGAGAAACUAUCAGAAGAAGCUGAUUGGAGAGUUGUGGCACUCGCCACGCAUGUGCCCAAGGUCCAACAGUGCUCUUGUUUGGAUCAUGGCUAGGCAUCUGUUUACACAACGUGACGUCGGAAAAGACAUGAAAACGUUCUUGGACAAUUUGGCCCAGUACUGGAUUCAGUGUAAUGGUUUUUGGCUUAUUUUGAGUGGGAAUAAGUGACAUUAUUAUUAUUAUUAUUAUUACCAUUUAUAUAGCGCCAACAGAUUCCGUAGCAAUUUACAAUAUUAUUAGAGACCAAAAAACAAACGAGUCCUGCGCAUCCAGUAUAGGUGUGCACACCCAGAUGCUACCACAGUUUAUUUGAGGACAAAGUUAAAGCAGCAAACGUUUCGAGCAGCAGCCCUUUCUCAAUGCUUAAGCAUUGAGAAAGGGCUGCUGCUCGAAACGUUUGCUGCUUUAACUUCUCUGAAACUGCUAUGUUUUCAGCUGCAGGGUUAAAAUUAGAGGUACCUGGCACGCAGACCACUUCAUUGAGCUAAAGUGGUCUGGGUGCCUAUAGUGGUACUUUAAGAAAGAGCCAGUCAUUUGGAUUGCAAGCACAGUCUCCUUGCAGGGGCACUCACACCCCUGCACGCAAGAGAAGAUGCUUAUUACAUUCGUUGCCGGCAUGUACUGUGUAGACAGAACUGACAUUCGCUAAUCCAGAACAGAGUUCCAACCUAUCUAGGCCAUAUGUGGCAAAGGUUUAACCACAUUCUGGAACAAAUUCACUAAGAACUCUGUAUAAACAGCAUUGCAAGCUGAAAUUCUACACAUGCAGAUUGCUUGCACCAAGGUCACUUCUUAUAUGCAGAAGUGGCCAUGUUGUGACUAACCCUUUCAACAAUAAAUACAAAUUAAUUCCAGUAAAAAAUAAAAGUCAGGCUUCUAUCUAGCAGUAGAUGAGUGUAAUUCUAGUGGCAUUUCAUCAUACUGUGAUGUGUCUUAUACAUGUUCAGCCGCAGAGGCUGUCUUUAACAAGUAAUCUUGAUUAAUCUAAAAUUGUUUUAUGACCAGACUCAAAGCCUGAGUGUCAGUAAAUCAGAUGAAUGAGAAAUUGUUUUUAAAACUUGACCUCAUUCACACAAGGAAGCCCCAGAUAGUGAAAUGAUGAGUAGCUUGUAACGUUAUACCUUAGAGUUAAUAUUUUACACCUGGGUACCACACGAUUCCUCUCCUCGAUCCAUCUUGUUGCAAUUUAUGUUCUUGUGAAACUUUGUUCUGCCUAUAACAUUACGUCGUGUCAUGUUGCUGUACACCGGCAAGUUGCCCUGACAUUAUGUAUGUUUUAAGAAGUCAUUGCUACUGGCUCUCCUUCCAUUGCAUGUAAUGUGCUGUGUAUGUGUCCUUGUAAUCACUAUUACAGUCUGAUAUUUUUCUGUCUACCUAUCUGAGCACCUGCUUGCUCCUGUGUGCGUGGACGUAUAUUUAAUUUAUUCAUUGUUGACACAUUGUGAUGGUUUCCAGUGUGGCUGGACUGGUUUUGGAACCACUGUUCUAGACCGUGUGCACAUGAGUCUGGCUUCUUACUUCAGAUGUAGUUCCAGCACCAAUGAGCACUUUUUUGUGUGUGUUUUUAUUAUUAUACAGUAUAUUCUAUAAUGUAUAAUCUUCUAUUUCAUGCCUAUGUGUUCAGCACAAUAGUAUCUGUUUGUUAGAAAAUGAUGCCUAUUGAGCCAAACAUCUUCCAGUUAAAGGACCACUCUAGGCACCCAGACCACUUCAGCUUAAUGAAGUGGUCUGGGUGCCAGGUCCAGCUAGGAUUAACCCAUUUUUUAAUAAACAUAGCAGUUUCAGAGAAACUGCUAUGUUUAUUAAUGGGUUAAGCCUUCCCCCAAAGCCUCUAGUGGCUGUCUCAUUGACAGCCUCUAGAGGCGCUUGCGUGCAUCUCACUGUAAAUGAAGAAGAAGAGAAGGAGGAGAGCUCUCCGCCCAGCGCUGGAAAAAGGUAAGUUUAAACCCCUUUCACCCUUCCAGAGCCGGGCGGGAGGGGGUCCCUGAGGGUGGGGGCACCCUCAGGGCACUAUAGUGCCAGGAAAACGAGUAUGUUUUCCUGGCACUAUAGUGGUCCUUUAAGAAAACAUUACAACGGUGAAGCAAGUUUCUGUGACAAACCUUCUAUACCAUGUCUAUUUUACAAUGGGAAAAUAAAAAACACGCUAUUGUUUCAAUAUUCUCUCUGUAGGAGUCCAUUCAAUAUUGAUUUUAUUCUGAUAUAUAUUUUGUCAUGAAUGCAUCUUAAUUUAUUUAAAUUCCUUGGAAACUUUUUUAUUAAAUCAGAUUAUAUACAGUCUGGUAAACCUGAAUCUACCGACUGUGGUUUUUGUGGAACUAUCCAAGUUUGGCCGUACUGAGGUGUCCUGGUUUCUUCUGGCAUUGAAGAUUAAGAAAUCUUCCAAACUUAUUUACAGACAAUAAAGGUUCAUGUGAUAUAAGUGACUUUGACAGUGAAAUGAAUUUGGUGCUAGAUGUGAAGGUUUGGGCACCAGAAAUUGCUGAUCCCUUGAAAUUUUCACUACCCACGAACUCUCGAGUUUAGAGAGAAUUGUAUAAGAAAACAUUUAAAAAUGUUGCCUGAUGUGUCAUAAACGGAGUUCUCCUAUGACACACUAAUGUUGGGGGUCAGAAUUUUAUUGUAAAUAACAUGACUACAUGGAUACACAACUUGGACCUCUUAAAACCAACAGACCACUGUUUAAAUAUCACAAUGUAUCUGAUUUAUUGCUACUGACCAAGGGGCAUCCCUUAAUGGCCACUGUCAACCAAUCUUCCCAAAUGUUACAAUGUACAUAUCAUGUCGAGGUGUUUCCAGGAACUACUUAUUGUGACAAUACAUAUUAAUUUACAGAGUUGCGAAAAAAACAUUCUUUAAUAUUGUAUUGCAGGUGUCCUACUUAUUGGAUGGAGGAUCAAUGGCACAUGAAGACUUUUGUGGUCAUGUUGGACAAUUGGACCCCGGAGACCUGCAGGUAACCAAUAAUACAAGAAGGUUGUGACUACACGAUCACUUGAUUAUAUUAAUUGUGGUGAUGGUUAAAUUAUACUAUAUAUAAACUCAUGGAAUUCCAGCACAGAUUCCAAUGGCAUCUUCUGUACAACACACUUUGAACGUGCAUGUGUCUUAAUUUAUUCCAUUAAUGCAGCUUUGUUGCAGUAAAAGUUUUAUUUAUGGUUUAAAAGGGUGGAUACUUGGCAUGUGUAAGUAUUUGCCAUCCAAAACACUAUUAAAUUAAUGCUUAGUCAUUGUAAAUGCUGCCAUUAAAUGUAUCAUUAAUCACGUAUUGAUUUGAAGUACAAUUAAAUAUCCAGAAUUUUUUUUUUUUUCUUCUUCUUGUUUUAACAUAUCAUGUACAAUAGUAAAACAAUCCGUCAGAUUGCUGUGUUUGGAGACAGGUAAGAAGAGUUUCUUUGGAGAAAAUAUUUUUCAAACCUGAGGCAGGUACAGGUAGUGAAGUUACAAAAUAUUAAUUUUAGACAGGGGUGUCCAAACUUGGUUCUCCAUUUUAUAUUGGACUACAAACACCAGAAUUCUAUAAAGUAUAGUCCAACAGCAAUUGAAAGGCCAAUCCUAUUUUAGAACCUUUUUAUGUAUUUUAACUUGUCAAGUCAUCCUUGUGUCAACAGAGCAUGUUAAUCACAGUUUGAUUAAAAUUGCUUUUAGUGGAUGACUGCAGGAAGGGGAAUAGUUCAUGCUGAGAUGCCCUGCACAGAUGAACCUGCGCAUGGAUUGCAACUUUGGGUCAACUUGAGAAGUUCUGAAAAAAUGAUUGUACCGGAGUAUCAAGAACUGAAAAACGCUGACAUCCCGAAACCAUCGAAAAAUGGAGUUACUGUCUCAGUCAUUUCUGGAGAGUCAAUGGGUAUUAAGGUGAACAUUUUUUGUUCUUUGGUAAAGUAACUGUGAUGCAUUUUUUGUUAAAGGACCACUAUAGUGUCAGGAAAACAUACUCGUUUUCCUGGCACUAUAGUGCCCUGAGGGUGCCCCCACCCUCAGGGUCCCCCUCCCGCCCGGCUCUGAAAAGGGGAAAGGGGUAAAAACUUACCUUUUUCCAGCGCUGGGCGGGGAGCUCUCCUCCUCCGAUCCUCCUCUUCUCCUCCCAUGCGGCUGAAUGCGCACGCGCGGUAAGAGCUGCGCGUGCAUUCAGCCGGUCACAAAUGAAAGCAUUCAUAAUGCUUUCCUAUGGACGCUUGCGUGCUCUCACUGUGAUUUUCCACAGUGAGAAUCACGCAAGCGCCUCUAGCGCCUGUCAAUGAGACAGCCGCUAGAGGAAAUAGGGGAAGGCUUAACCCAUUCACAAACAUAGCAGUUUCUCUGAAACUGCUAUGUUUAUGAAAAAAUGGGUUAACCCUAGCUGGACCUGGCACCCAGACCACUUCAUUUAGCUGAAGUGGUCUGGGUGCCUAGAGUGGUUCUUUAAAGGGAAGCCAUGAGCUACAGAUAUCAACAAUUUUAGAGCUAGUAAAAAAGAAAGGAUAUUAAUAUUCCCACCAGCUGUCAGAUACAUGUGCUACGUAAGAGUGAAUUAUGGCGAAGGGAAAACUAAAAUCAGCAAUUCGUGUUGAAAUAGGCUAUAACUCUAGCUGAUCCAAAGAAUUUUCCAGAUCAGCUAAAGUGGCCUACAUUUAAUGUAUAUUUGACAAAAUGAGUACAUCUUGAUUUGACGAACCUAUUCUUUAGUCUGUAACAGACUUCUAGACUUUACGCAAUGAAACACAGCUUUGUUUGUUGUGUCAACAAGAAUUGGUUUCCCUAGCAAAAUGUUGCACAUAAAAACCGUGUAUCCCUUACGUGGCCAGAUAAGAAUUUCAGAUUACAUUUUAAAGCAUGAUCACAUCAUUUUUGUAUGAGCUUUAUUGACGUGAAUUCCUAUAUAAUGAAGAUAGUCUGACUUAAAUGUACCCUUGCAAAUUGCACAUUAAGAAGUGGUUCAUUUUUAUUUUAGUGCAUCACUAUCUCUGAUUCCCUAAGCUGCAAAUUCCACAAUUUAAUUUUUUGUGGCAGCACUUGGUUAAAAUAAUUUUAUGUCUGAAAGAUAACCUGUAGCAUUAGGAUGCAUGGUCGUAGAUCUGACUCUGUUCUAUUAAAAGUAGACAUUCAUUCCUGCCAUUCAGAUUUUUUUGUUAGCUUACACUCUAAUGAGUUUAUACUCUCUAUAUUCACAUUAUAACGUUUGAUGUGUAUUGUCUAAUUAAAUUGCAGUCUAAAGUUUACACUCGAACUCCAACCCUGUAUCUUGACUUCAAGUUGGAAAAAGGAACCAAGUUUUCUCAACCAGUGACUAAAGGUAAGGCACUGAUCAAAAUAAAAUCUUGCUGUUUAUAAAGUGUUUUAACAGUGUGCAGAUAUAUUUCUUCACUGUACGUUUUUCAUUCGGAGUACUGCCCAAUAGACUAAACUUGCCUUCCAGUGUGAGUUUAAUCUACUGGGCAGUACUCAUCAGUUGUUCUUGAGGAAGGUAGGAACACUAUUGCUCUACUGCCAGUGAAGGUAGAAGGGAGACAUAGUUCCUAGGAGUUAGGGUGGAGGACAAGAGAAGAAAAACUGAAGGGAACCUCUUAAAGGGAGGAAGUUUGUCUGAAGAAUCAAAACUGAUUGUUACUGGGAGAGUAGCUUGCUCGACCAUCAGGUUUAGAUCAUAAGCCUUCCAAAUUGAAGGCUUCUAGCAGGCCGGCCUUGUGAUAUAAGAACAACAGAUUCUUAAAGGGUGAUCUGGCUCAGAGAAAGGUCCAACAUCAGGAAUUUGUGUGUGUUUGCAUGUGUGAUUGCACUUGCUUGCAAGCCAUUCAGUAUAGUGAGUGCAUAUCUUGACACAUGCUGACACACCUGAAACAGGCAUUGAUUACCAUGUGCAGCCAUUGGGAGCACUGUUAAGUAACCAGUCCUUGACAUGUGACCAAUAUGUUUUCCAGUUUCUCCUUGGUUUCUUUUUAAGUUCUCCAUGUAUAACUUGGGGACCUUUCCAAGCUUUAAAUUGAACUGACCAGAAUCCAAAAUCAUUAAAGUAUCACAGUGUAUUUUAGUUGACUUAUUAAAAGAUUUGGGUGGAUACCCCAACAUAAAACUUGCAAGGACUUUUACCCUCUUUCUGUCUUGAUUUGUGUCUAUUUGGAGGAUUGUCAACUUGUGAUACUAUCUUUGUAAGUGAACUUGUUUCUGCUCUAUGUCAUCUUUCCAAACCUCAUUUAAAAAAUUAAAAAUUUUAAAAAGAAAUUGAAAUCCAAUCUGCGUACUAUAUUUCCAAGCCUUGUUGAUCUGUUUUUCUCUCUGUGCUGAAGAAUUCUUUGUCAGCCAGGAGGGAACACUUUGACAUGCCAAACAGCUGUAUCGACGUGCUUGGGUUCCACCUGCUCUGACACAGAUGCUCUCAUAUUUACUUGGAGCUUGGUUAAUGUCUUUAUGACGGACCUUAUCCACAGAACCGUAAAUUAGCUUGUUGACUCUCUGAAUGCAUGUUUGUCUGGCUAGGGAUUUCUCAUUUUGGCUGAAGAUAUGCAGCUGAAACCUUUGCUGCAUUCUGCCUGCCAGACUGAUCUUGUUUUAACGUCAACAUUUAUACAAUUUACAUGUAGUACAAUAUGUGCAGAUACAUUGCAGAGCUUGGAACACAACCCCCCCACAAACAAAGAUCAUUAAUUACUAGUGAACUGGGGCUGUACUAUAUCCCAUAAAAGCCAGCAGUUUCCAUCCUACUUAAACGGAGAACUAAUUUCAUAAUUGAGCCUUAAUGUGAACAUGCACCCUUCAUAUAAUUUAAAGUGACUAUGGCAUUCCGAAUGUGAUGGGAUCCAUUGCAUAGUCCUCUUAAUUACAUCUGUAGAAUGUGCAGGCAGAUGUUUAUAUAGAGUGUUAUUUGGUAUGCAAAUAUACUUACUGGCACUCUUUAUGAACUCGUACUACUGUGUUGGUCCCCUGGGUGAUAAGGAAUUACAGAUAUAACCGGUCUUGCACAGAUGUGUUUGCUUCUACUUGUUCCAAAAAGACUGCAUGCAGUCCCACACAGUGCGGUAGCCAUCUAGGUGAAUACAGAAGUUCUUUUCAGGCAUCGCUGUGUAUAAUCGGUAUAUAAGAUCAAAGACACAGCAAACGGUUACUGGUUUAAAAAAGCCUGAUAUUUAAAUUAAUUCCGUAAUUUUAUGUUACAUGCUGUCUUAAAAAAAGUAGUGUUUAAAGAGACACUCUAAGCAUCAAAACAAUGUUUAGCUUUAUGAGGUGGUUUUAGUAGUUAAAUCAAUUUGUUUAUGCAGUCCUAGCCAUAUGUCCCCAGCUUGUAACUUGCACAACUCCCAUGAAAAAUGCUUUCUUUUUGCAGCAUAGUGUGUUUACUUUAGAAGUUUGUAUCUCCUGCUUUGUUAAUUCAAAGGGGACCUGUCAUGAUAAAAAUUUGAUCUAGCUCUUUUAAAUGAGCAUAACAUUUUAUCUAUACAUUGUGCUAGCAAUUUUCAGACACUGAAUGCCAAGCAAUUGCGAGCCAGGCAGAGCAGAAGAGAUGUCCCUCUGCUCUCCACCCAGCUCAACCACAGAGCAUGCACUGUGGUUACUAUAGUAACUCCGUAGCCGGUGCUGAUAGCGCUAGCUAGUGAGUUUAGGAACGGAAUGACAUGACGUCACUCCAUUCAGAAGCCGGGAUGAUGGCCAAUGAAGCCAGCGUUUCAGUGUCAUGUUGUUACAGAAGUGUAACACCCAUCUCUUUAAUUACAUCGCAGUGGGAGAGCAGAGGAUCUGCUAAGCUGUGACAGUUUCCCUUUAGACACAUACAGGAGGUUACUGUAUGUUCUAGCAGGUAAUUAGUAGAACUGAAGAUAGUACAUUCUAGAUUAAACACUGUGCAAUCAGGGAAGCUAAAAAAAUGUAGAGCGGCUUAAGCAAAGUGAUUUCAAUCCUAAAUGGCAGGGAAGUUAGCAGUGAGACUGCAGAUGCAUAGUAUAUACACCAUACAUGUUUCAUUAAGCUGAAGUUAUUUUGGUGCUUGCAGUGUUCAUUUAACACAUGAACAAUAUUGUUUCACAGAUAUCAGGGGACAUAUAGCAACUCAAGUGCUAUUAUGGGACAAAGUGCUAAAUAAAAGGCAAAUACAGUGGAAACCAAUAUUAUUAUUAUUAUUAACUUAUUCUGCAGCACUUUACAAUAUUGUGAAAGGGGAAAUUUAACAAUAAAUGAGACAAUUACAAAAUAACACAGAAACAAUAGGUAGAUAAGGAGCCUGCUCAGACGAGUUUACAGUCUAGAGGAGUGGAGUAUAAAGGAAGAGCAACAAGAUGGAAAAGUAUCAGAACUCGAGGUGAGAGUAGAGUGUGGUCCUUUAGGAAAAAGCAAGAGACAGAUUUGUGAAAUAGAAGUUACUCUGGGAGGCCAUAAGCACUUCUGAAAAGAUGGGUUUUGAGGGACUUCUUAAACAACUGAGGACUGGAAAAGAGCUGAUGAGGAUAGGCAGACUGUUCCAAAGCAAAGGAGUUGCCUUUGAGAAAUCCUGCGUGCGUGAGUUAGCAGUAAGAGUGCAAGCAGCGGAUAGGAUGUGGUCACCCGCAGAACGGAGAGACCGAGAUGGGGCAUACCCACGAAUCGGUGAAUAAAUAUAACAAGGAGUUUUAUAAGUGUUAGUGUUUUGAAUUGACAACUAUAUGAUACAGGAAGCCAGUGUAAGGAUCCACAGAGGGGUCAUAUGUGAGAGGAGGGACAGGCGAGAAAGAUCAGCCUGGUGGUAGCAUUCAUUACAGAUUGUAGAGGGGCAGUAUGACUUCUUGGGAGACCAAUUAGGAGAGAAUUACAGUAAUCAAUGCAAGAAAUUACCAAAGCAUGAACAAGCAACUUAGCAGCAUCUUGUGUAAGAAAGGGUGGAUGUGGGAAAAAUUUUUUAAAGUUGAAUCGACAGGUUUUAGCAACAGACUGGAUGUGAGAUGCAAAGGUGAGACCAGGAUUAAAUAUAACACCAAGACCGCGAGCUUGCAGUAUUUAGAGAACAGAAGGGGACCAAGAACAAAGCCUUGAACGAGGAGAGGAGAUGUCAAUGGAAAAGGAGACACUCAAUGAACAUAGACUGUAUCUGAACAUUUAGCACUUUGCGCUUAAAAUCACAUGUGUUUUGCUUUGGAAAAUCUUCCCAUUAUUUCCUGUUCCUGGCACUACUUCCCAAGAACGCAAACAUGCCAUGGAAUGCAGAUUAAACUAUCUGCCCUCAGAAUGACAUCUAUCCUUGACAAUUACAGAAUCCUUUAAAAAAAAAAAAAAAAAGUGAAGUUCUCCUUGAGAUUUAUAUACGUGAAGAAUACGGUGUUGCACAAUUUUCACAUGUUUAUUCUGUUGCAACUUUUUUUUUUUAUUCACAAAUUGAAAUUGCAGAACAAUUCAUAGCAGACUAUGAUUAGAGUAUGAUAGUUGUGUUUUUGCAGAGAGAAAAUCUAGGCAUCUUGUUUACAGUUUGGACUGCUCGCACAUUCUAUCACAUUAUUUCAAAUAAAACAAAAACCCUCAGUUGUGAAAUAAUAUAGCAGAGCUAGUUUUGUUGUUGAAACAGUAAAAUUUUCAUUAAACCCAUGAAAUGCCAUUGUUGCAGUUCCAUAGGUGAUAAUAGUACAUGAGGUAAGUAUAGAACAUACUUACAUUUGCUCUAUGAUCUGUUAGUGGUGGAGCUGUCAUACUAUGAAGCAGUGGACGUGCAUGCACUUUAGAUAGCCUUCUCACAUUAAACCAGUGUGCUCGUUGUCACAUACGCACCCUCCUUCAAGAGGGUGCGUGACGUAGUUGUGUUGGAGAAAGGGAUUCACUAUUUGUCUGCACUCAACUGGAAAUAAUGAUAAAAUCCCCUUUAAGAUCACCCACACUUAAGCAUAGUAAUAUAAAUAUAACUAUUUUAACGCUCCCACCACCAAGAGGUAGAGUUAAGAUAUAUAUAUAUAUAGACAAUAAGUGACCACCCCCUUGUGCCCCAGACCAACAUCAAUCCAAAUGGAAACAUUUGGUUCUAUCUUCUCUUAUAUACUUGCCACAGAAAUAAGAUCUACAAAUUUAAUCUUUUUCCAUAACAUAGCUAUGUCUCACACCUUACUUGUGACCCAAUAUAGUGGACAUCACAAUCCCUUCCCCUAUGGUUAAUUUAUGCCAAUCAUGUUUGGGCUUGCUUAGAAGAUGGCGCUUGUCACAUUCCAAAUAUAACAAAAAUGAGGCUUACUUAUUCUGUGGGGAAGAACAAAUGUUUUUUUUUUCUUUUGGAUAUGAUACUGGAACAAGGCUAAUGGCCAUUAAAGGAUCAUUAUAGGGUCAGGAACACAAACCUGUAUUCCUGACCCUAUAGUGUUAAAACCACCAUCUAGCCCCUCUGGGCCCCUCAUGCCUCCAUAAAUAUAGCAAAAUUUUACUGUAUUCAAGCCAGAAGCUGUAGAUCUGCAUGUUGUUUGCCUCAAAAGAACACAAGCAGUCUGCUGACAUCAUCAGAAGUGGUAGCCUGAUCCAAUCACAGUGCUUCCCCAUAGGAUUGGCUGAGACUGACAAGGAGGCAGAUCAGGGGCAGAGCCAGCAUGAUUCAAACACAGCCCUGGCCUAAUCAGCAUCUCCUCAUAGAGAUUAAUUGAAUCAGUGCAUCUCUAUGAGGAAAGUUCAGUGUCUGCAUGCAGAGGGAGGAGAUACUGAAUGUUUGGAUGCAUUUUAGGCAGCCAUGACCCAGGAAGGAUCUCUAGCAGCUAUUUGAGGAGUGGCCAGUGGAGUUAUCACUAGGCAGUAAUGUAAACACUGCAUUUUCUCGAAAAAGACCAUGUUUACAACAAAAAGCCUGAAGGUAAUGAUUCUACUCACCAGAACAAAUUCAAUAAGCUGUAGUUGUUCUGGUGACUAUAGUGUCCCUUCAGCAUAUCAAACAGAUUGACUCAUCAAUUAAGAGGUAUAGGCCAUAAAGCUGAAGCCAGACAUUCAGGCUUUUCAAGUGUAGAAUCUCACACCUUACAAAGCCUUUGGUUAAUCACAGGAUCCAUUCAUAUGGUCACUCAUUUGAACUUUUUCACAUUCCUAUGCAAUUUACAACACCACUUCUGUCAUCUGACAUCUGUGGGGGUCCCAGCUUCAAAGAGGAAUUAAGGCUAUAAAUAUUCUGACCUUCCAUACAAUCAAAUUAACACAUUUUGACAUUGACAGUGUCACCUCUACCAGGCAGGCAGGUCAUCUAUGCACUACACAAAUUACAUUAAAGGACCAUAUUCCAUAGUGCAAUAAUGAAUUAUGCACCCUUGCCAUCACACUCAUACGCUUUAAAGGGAUAUUUUAAGCACCAAAACAAUUUUCGUUUAAUGAAGCUGUUUGAAUGUAUAGAUCAGGGGUUCCAAAUUUAUUUUUUCCUGUGGAACCUUUUGACAUUUAGCAGAGCAUAAUGUCUUCUUUUUUGGCAAAUUUAUAUAUUUAUAUAUAUAUAUAUAUAUAUAUAUAUAUAUAUAUUGUGUGUGUAUAUAUAUAUAUAUUUUUUUUUUUCUACAGAUGGUAAACAGAUUUUAGUACCAUGCUGGCACAUACACAACUUGACAGAUAUACACACACUGACACAUGCACACAGAUACACACACCUUGACACACAGUGUGUAUCUGGUGUGCCUGUGUGUAUCUGUAUGUGCCGGUGUGUGUUUGUGUAUGUAUCUGACACACAGACACAGAUACACACACUGACAGAAACACUGAUACAGAUACACAUACUGACAGAUACAUACACACACACACACACACACUGACAGAUACACUGACACAUACACACAGAGAAACACACAUUAACAUACAGAUAUACACACACAGUCACACAGAUACAGAUUCACACACAGUGGCAGGUACACACACUGACACAGGUACACACACCGACAUAUACACACACAUAUAUGUUAAUAUUUGCAGUCACCCUCAUGUUCACUUACCUUUUUUCUUCAGGAGGGUGACUUGCUUCAGUGAUGCUGACUGAGAAUGGUGUGUCAGGUCGGCAACUGAUCACUCUCCGCUGCUCGCUCUCUCUCUCUCCCUCCUGCCGACACGCUGUGUCUGGGAGGAAGUGUUGUCACUACUACAGGGAUCCAGUCGCGGUCUUAGACGCCCACAGUGCCUGACAGGACCCUUGUUUAGCGAUACCCAUCGGGUGGCCCUAAAUGCUUGGACCACCUGACAGGCAAAUCGCCGCAGAACCUCAAUUUUGUUCUUGUAGAACCCUAGGGUUACGUGGAACAUCAGUUGGGAAAUGCUGGUAUAGAUCAUGUCCCUGCACUUUCACUGUUCAAUUGUCUACCAUUUAGGAAUUAAAUCACUUUAUUUCUGUUUAUGCCUCCCCUGACUGUGACUUGAACAGCCUCCAUGAAAAUGUUUUUUUCAUUUUCAAUCUUAUCUCCUGCUUAUUAACCAUUAAUCAUACACAGAUAGCUCCUACAUGCUGUAGCAGGCUGUGCUUCCUUUAAUGAAUUUAAGUAUUUUGUCAUAUUCACUCGAAGAUUUAUUAAACGGACGCCUUGAAAAUGAAUCUGAGAUCUAAGAUAAAGUAAACAUGUCAGCCAUCAAUUCACGGUCUAGUUUUUAAAAUGCCAAUAUAUCUUGUAUAAAGUACAACAUGGUGCCGAGGCUUGUGAGAUGAGGUUAAAACACACACCUUCCUUCUGUACACUGCAUUCCAUAACACACUACAUCCCCUACACACAUACACUCCACUCCCCAUGGGCAAACUUGAGGGCGGGUAACUAGAGCCCAGGCCAUAAGUUGUGCAAUAGUUGACCAAAUGUAUCAUGGCAGCCAUGUGUGUGUAUAUAAUAUAUAACGUGAGUGCAUACAGCAUUUUCUAACUUUAUUUAAAUAAUAUUUAUUUAUUGCAGGAUGGACUGCAUUUAUUUAUACAUUGGCCGGUUUUGUACAUGUCGGUAAGUUUUCUGUACUUUUUUUGAGAAGGAUCAUGACUUUACUAAGAAUUUUUAUUAAGUUUGAUAAAUUGACAAUCAACAUGGGAAUAGGUAAAAUAAGGAAUAAAUCCAUAAAUUAAAAAAAAAAUGCUGCUUUGUGUUAGUAUGCAUGAAAUAUAAAAGCCUGAGUCACUUAAUACAGUACUUUAAAGGAAAAAUCAUACAAUACAUAGCACUGGCAUGUAUAGGAGUCCAGGACAAAAUACCUGCGAUCAUAGGAGAUUGCCUUGUCUGUAGACUGGUUCAAUAUAUCCAAGCUACAGUUUAACAAACGCAGUAUGAGUGCAUAGAUGGGAAUAUAGUGGACAGCUAAACUUAGUGGAGUAGAAGAUGGGAGGGGAGAAGAAGGAAUGAGUUUUUAUAAAAUGGAUGAUACAGCAACGAAAAAAGAGUGCAAAAUGGCAGUGGGAUGUAUUGAUUUAAGUAUGCCGCUAAAAUGGGUGGGGACAUUCAGAGGGUUCGCCUGCAAAAUGAAUGGCCGUUUCAAGCUUGGUGUCAAGAUAAACCAAGGUCAGGAGCCAUCUGGAGAACACAGGAUCAAGAACACAAAUACAGGAACCAGUCAAUGAACUGACACUUCCCUCAGAGAGAGGCAGUGUUUUAUACCUGGCUGAUUUGGCAUCUGCUUCAGGUGGACUGAGACUGGAGGAGUCACAGGAAAAGUCCAGCCCCCUAGUGCUGGAGACAUACUCAGAGGAAUAGGAGUGGCUGUGGCUUAGAGGCAUUAAAGCAGGCCCGGGACCGCAAAGUACCCAGUUUCAAAUCCCCUGUUGGGAAUUUCUGGGGUGACCACGUCUGCUCCUUGGGGACAGUUCUUUGGUGUUCCUGAAUGCAGGACCCCAGGGUACAAAGCGUGAUUGUGGGACAAGACCCUAAAAUACUGGUUGUCCCUUUAAAAUUAGUAUAGUUUGGAGGCCAGCAGUUCGGUGUUUAGUCAGCAUACCUCUAAUAAUAGGGGUGCUGAAAUAACAAACCUCAUACAACUGAUGGUUGUCCACAUGUAAUAACAUUUCUAAUGUAAAAUUCUAAUUUUAUUAACAGGGCCACCGGACGCCCAGCAAAAAAUUGAGGCUCACCAUACAGCAGUGAUGGAUGAUGGUGAUGAGGCCCACUUUGAAAACAAGGUAAUAUCGCAAGUUACACUUUUCAUUACAUCUUUACAUAGAUAGCUCUGUCACAUAUGCCGUUCCCAAGAGAAAGCUUUGUAUCUGACCCCAACGCCCUUGAAAUGGAUGGUCUUAAACUGCUAUGUUCUAGCCAUAAAACAAGUUACAACAAAGUAAUGUAACACAUAGGCAGUUGCAUUAUAGUUCAGCAUUUGAAAUGGAAUCGCAAUUACGUUUUUAAAAUACCUAAUUUGUUAACACAACAACUUGAAAGGGUUUUACACCUUUUUUUUUCACUUGUCGCCCACAAAAUCCAUAAUAGUUUUAACAUCUGUCAGAUUGUCUUUUAUUUAAUCCAGUGCUCAUUAUUUUGCAACCAUCCAUUGCUUUUCAAUGUCAUCUGACAGAAAAUGCUGCAGCGUGAAAGAGCACACAGUUUACUUCUUCGAAAAUUACAAUAUUCAGAAAGUAAAAAGAAUAAUGGGAUGGCUUAAUAUAAUGAUUGUAUUAAGAUAUCACAGAAAUUGUCAGCGUUCCUUUAAGCUCUGUACAACCUCUUCAGAGUAUGGUAUAUUGUUGGGGGAGGGAAGGAGGAUAUUCCUUUUAGGUUUAGGUGCAGUAAUCGUUUCUUACGUUGGUUUCUUUCCUCUGCUGUAGGACUCUGAAUUAAGUCAUUUCGUCUUAAUUGCUGGUAAACCAAUUAACGAGCCUGUUGUCCAGCACGGUAAGAAAUGUUGCAUCUUUUUCCUCAAGAUUUUGUGCCUUUUUCAAUCUUUUUUGUCACUUUUGGAGAAAGUAGAUCAUUAAUAAAGACAAUAUAAUGUAUUUUUCUUGAUGUAGGUCAAAGUUUCAAAACGGUAAAAGCUAGGUGGUGGUCAGUAUCAGUGUAGGUGUUUUUGGUAGUAAUGAGUUUUAUUAGUAAUGAUGCUUAGUGGCUGCUAUUUACGAUUAUGCAUGGUAAUCAGGCCAAUGUGAAAGGAACACUGUAGAAACUAACUGCUCCACCUCUUUAAAGUAGUGUUUGAAGUCUUCUAGCACCAACCUCCCAUUCAGAGUUAAACCGAUUUUAAUGUUUUAAUGCUAAACGAAAACCCUCACUCAGCUUUCACAAUUCCUUGUGCUGAUUGGGCUAAUGAGGAAGCAAUGGGUGACUGUAAUUGGCUGAGAAUGUCCGCUUACCGCCUAUAGCCUGUCACAAUGCCCAUUAUUGUUAUGAAUUCGUAUGGCUCGAAGAAAGUGGGAUCUCUGCCUUGGCCAUACCUCCAGUGGUUUAACACUGAAUAGAAGGACCGUGACACAGAGAUUCAGGCACUUUAUAACAAAUCCAUUUAGAUGAAAUGUGCCUACAGUUCCCCUUAAAUAGAGUGGAUUCUUACUAGAUCCCAUAUACCAGUUUAAUAUGGAAGUUGGCUUUAGCCACUGUUGUAGAAUUAAAGAAACCUCGAUCAUCAAGAGUCUACGCUUAUUGAUCUGUGUUUCAACAAAGCGCUGCGGAAUACGCUGGCGCUAUAUAAAUACCAAUAAUAACAAAAACAGAGAAUAUGAGAACUCUGAAAAAAGUUUAGAGAAUAUUAGCAGCUUGCCCUUCGGUACAUCCCCACAAAGGACUCAAAAUGUUUAGCUCGCUUGUGCCAUUACAGAGUGAACCUAUACCAUUGCACAUUGGACUGAUCCCACCCGUAAGGGCAGUUCAGAACCAAUAUGCCAGCAAGUUCUGUCUGACCAAGAUGGACAGCAACCUCUGACCAUCGUUUCGAUCUUCUUUGGGCCUCAUCAGCUGUACCUGAUACCCCUCUAGGCACAGUGAGGGGUUGUUUUAUCUCUCGUGCAGAAAAAACGUACCAGCAUUUCAGUUCUGACUAACCUUAUGGGAUGCCUUUUGUUCAGUGACGUGCUGCUAAGAGAUAGACAAAGAGGGAGAUUUAUUAAAGUGGUACUAGAAUGUAAAGGAGAGAAAUCAUUGUGACUUUCUAACGUUUAGCUUAUUUUAUUUAUUUUUUUUACUACUUUUCAGAACAAAACACUUUUUAAUAGACGUUCUCCAAUGUGUGUAUUUUGCUCCCCUCGUCUCUCUAAAUAUAUGAAUUAAGAGUGAACUGUUGACGACAACCACAGCUUGUGUAUGGAAGUGUAACUCCUAGCAACCUCAGGCAGCCGGAAACUUGUAUGUCUGCGUUCUGCACCGAGAGUCAGGUCUUGUGAUUCACAGUGUUGCAACACAUGUGCAAUAUGUGAUAUGAAAAUAGAAGUGCUGAUACGCUAACUUGUGAUCUGUGGUAAAUCUCAAAACCGAAUUGCAAAAUUAAGACUAAAAUAAUCUCAAAUUUAACGAUUCUAAUUGUCCAAUCUAAUGCUUGUCAUAGAGCAGCAUUGGGAACAAAAAGAGCACUGCACUCCUCCAAUAUAAUAAUGAUUAGCUGUGAGAAAUGAGUUUGACUAUAGUACCUCUAGUGGCUGUCAGGAGGUAUUAACUAAACAGCAAUGUUUAAAUACAGUUAUUCACUAAAGUGGGAAUUGACAAUGAAUUUUAAAUUUUAAGCCAGAGUAGCCAAACUGAAAUCAUAACUAAGAGAAUUUUUCCAGUCAUUUCCCCCAAAAAAAUUUUCCCAAUUAAUUCGGCCUUAAAGUUGAAAUUCACCUUGAAUUCUCACUUAAGUGAAUAACCCUUAGGAAAGGGUUAAAACUAAAAGACUGCUGCACCCGGACCAUUUAAUUGAGAGGAAGUGGCCUUAGGUGCCUUUAGUUAGUAUAUUGAUACUGCUGUUGGGUAGUUUAAAAAAUAAAAACGAUGUAAUUUUAUUUUUAAUUUUAUUUAAAUUUUAAUGCAUAAAUAAAUAUGCCAAAAAACAAAAAAAAAUAAACAAAAAUCAAGGUUUUUUUUUUUUAAAUGUCUUUUAUUUUUUGCAUGCUAUACAUAUAUACACUGUGCAAAUCAUGCUCUUUUUGUUUUAUUUGCAAGGUCCAUUUGUAAUGAACACGAAAGAGGAGAUUACAAAAACCAUUAAAGAUUACAACAUGGCAACAAAUGGAUUUGAAAAAGCUAGAACAUGGAAGUCAAAGAUUGGAAACCGAUAA